UGCCCGCAGGAUGGAGCCUUUACUGGGAACGAGCAAAGGCUGGAACCGACAGACAGGGCUGUGCUUCCAUCGCGGGACGGAUUAAAGGCUCGGACAGGAAGGGGAUGUUACCGUGAUGGCACGUCUCCAUUGUGAGUUUCAUGAUUGAAGAUGGCAGAGAUGGAAGUUAAUUCAGUGUUUCUGCAGCAACUGAUGGAGUUAGGUAUCUCUGAAGAAAAGGCCAAGGAGGCUCUGAUUAAAACUGGGAAUCAAUCCAGUGAUUCUGCUGCUCUGUUUUACUUCAGUGAGCUUGAAAUGUUUCCUGGGCUUGAGGUUAAUGAGUCUUUGAACAAGGAGUACAAGAUGGUGCUUGUUGUGAACAUGGAAUUGACCAUGGGAAUCGGAAAGGUUGCAGCACAGGUGGCCCAUGGUGCUUUGGGCUUGUAUCAGAUGAUGAUGAUGGAGGAGUCGGACAACUGGCAGCAGAUGUUGAGAAUAUGGGACGAUGAUGGAGGCAAAAAGAUUGUAUUGAAGGGAAUGAGUACUGAGCACCUCCUAGAGUUACAAGAACAGGCUUGUCAACAAAAGCUUCCAAAUUACUUGGUGCAAGAUGCAGGAAGGACCCAGAUUGCAGCUGGAUCCCGCACUGUCUUGGCAAUCAUGGGCGAGGAGAAGUUGGUCAAUCAGGUCACAGGGAGCCUUCCACUGUUGUGACAUUAACAACUAAUAUUGGCUUCUGCAGAGAUGUGACUGAAGGAAUAAGGAAAAAGACAUUGAACGAAACUUGCUGAACAGCUGCUUGAUGAAAUUUUUGCUGACGUAAUAUUUUGAUUCUUGAUUUUGUUUUUAAAGUAUUUUUAUUGCUGUUGUGCUUCUAAAUUUGAAGGUUAGGAUUCUUCCUCCCAACAAAAUGUCAACUUUUGGUUCAAUGAUGGUCUCCUUCUGUUUGGGUAUACUGUAAAUUUUCAAAGUCAUUUGGACUGAAUGCUAUAUGGGACAAAGGACAUUUGUGAAGGGAAAGGAAUGGACAUUUGUCAAGCAGCUGGAGUUGUCUUUCAUUGAUGGAGGCAAUAAUAGCAGAUUAAUAGCUAAGCUUCUGAAUAUAUGGUGAUCAGCAGUCCUGAUAUAUUUUCAUGCUGAAUCAAGAUAUGUGAAAUUAUGAAUGACAUAAAAUAACAACUCAAAUGAAUUGAGGGGCCUUACUGUUUUCCUGCAAAAUAUGGGCACUGAACAAGUGUUUAUUGAAUGGCCAUUCAUUCUGGUCCCAUUAAAUCACAAAUUAGCUAGUACCUGUGCUAUUCUGGUCAAGUGUAUUUUAUAAAUUACUCUUAUACUGCCAUGAGAUCUCCAGAUUUCUAGCUGUCAUUGAAGUUGGUCAAUCUCAAUGCAUCAGGAACCAUUAUGUUUAGGUUGCUGGUUAAUCUUCAAGAUUCAAUAAUGUGUAUUGGAUUUAGUCAUUGAAAUGUUGUAUUAAUUAUUACUAUUUAAAGUAUUUCUAAAGGUAUUCUUUCUUCUGAUGGAAAGAUGCAUUUAACUGCAAUGUUAGUUGUAGUUAUCUCUUGUUAUACACUCCAGUCUUUGAUUCCAUUUGUGAGAGUUCAUAUUUUAGGCAUACACCCACAUUGCUCUAAAUGGCAACACCACAGUGCAUUUGGAUUACAUUGUUCUGAGAAUACAGUAUUCAAAAUUCCAACAAUCAGUCACAUUGAACAAAUGUGAAAUCAUCUUGUGUGGUCGAGUACUACAGAGGUCAGUGUAUUUUAAAACUACUGAAUUAAAACUGUCAUGUAAAUGCUUUCAUAAUGAUUUAUGGUUGUAUGUAUGACCCUUCCUGGAAUGUAUAGCAAAUGCUUGCUUUUCAUCGUCUUUUUUUGAUGUGAAAAUAAAUUAAACUCCACUUAGCACCUUUUUUAUCA